CAAACCAUAAACAUUUCCAUCUGAGAAAGAAAAAGUUUAUUGGUGUAGAUUAAUCAUUCAUUGUGAUAUAUCAUUCCUGCAAUGCGAGCAUUUUAUCGCUGUGAAUUUUUGCCUCUUUAUUUUAAUAGUGUUUCGGUUAAAUUGUGUUUGAAACCUAGGUUGAAACGUUCAUUCCUGACUUAAUGUGCAUCAUGUUAUGAUUUGCUUUUUUUCAUAGAUCUCUAUUUUUGUAAUCUCUUGUAUUAUAACUUUUCAUUUUUAACAAUUCUUUUUUAAACAAUUUUUUUUGUUUUACUAUUUGUGAAUCGUCAUGGGUCUAACUUGGAAGGAACGACUUGAAUUGAUUAAACUUCUCCGAAUCGACAUUUACAUGAUGCUCUUUUUCAUCUCUUUUUCUAUCAGUGGAGUAAGUUUGAAUCAACUCGUCGAGGAUAAAGUGUGCCUUAAUCAAUUGAAACUUGAUAAAUCAAUUUGUAUGAAUCUGGAACAUACUGAUAAUUCCCAUGAAACAAACAAAAAUUACAUCUUCUCAAAGGCUGCUGCUUUCAAAAAUUACCAAACCCUGAUCUUCACUACACCUGGAAUUUUUUUGUCUUUAUUCAUCGGAUACUGGAUUGACAACUACCCAAGUCAUCUGAAGUAUAUCCUAGCUGCUCCUGCCUUUGGUGGAACCUUAGGAGCUUUUGUCAUUAUCUACAAUUGUUUCUAUUUUGAAACAGAUUACAUGCAACUUCUUUCCGCGGAUGUUUUAAGAGGAUUUGCUGGUGGAUUUGCUACCAUCUAUACUGGAGUCUACACUUAUAUAACCAGAAAGACACCGGCUAAAUUUCGAGCUCUGCGCUUUGCAAUUCUUGAAUUUUUCUCCUUCAUUGCAACGCCUAUAUCAAUCUAUUUGGGUGGUUUUCUCCUUACAACUCCACCGUGGUUCGAUAAGCAGCCAAGGAAUUACAUUGCGGUCUUUAUCGUAUCAGCAGUUUGCAGCACCUUUGCUUUAAUCUGGGUUCUUAUAUUCGUUAACGAUGCCGAUUCACGUCAAGAGACGAAAAAUAAUACAACAACUGAUUCCAAUAGUUUGAUAGAUGAUCAAGAAUCGCGUGAUACCGUAGAUGAUGGCUUUGAUGCCCCUGACUCUAUGAUUAAACAACCCGUUUCCAAAGGAUGCUUUGGCAAUUUUACUUACACUUUUAAGGACAUUUUCAAUUUUGCUAAUGUCAAAAGUAUGAUUAACACAUGCACCAAGAAGAGAGAAAAUGGAUUUCGUGUUCGUAUAUGGCACAGCUUAAUCAUAAGUGCUGUUAUAUUGCUAGCUUAUAUGGGUGAUGUAGCUAUUGGAUUUCCAUUCGCUCAAAAAGUUUACCAUUGGGAUGCCAAAUAUUAUUCAAAUAUUUCAUCCAUUUUAAUCAUUAUCCCCUCAAUUGGAACAUCUUUGUUGUCACCCAUUUUGAUUCGCAAAUUUGGUUUUAGCGAUACUGGUUUGGGAAUCCUUGGCUGUCUUUCCUUAUUGUCGUCAAUGAUUAUUAAAGGGGGCUGGUUAACUCCAGUUGGUUAUUUUGUUGCCAGUGUCUGUGGUAUUUUUGGUGGACUCACUCCUAUUUCCGUCAGAUCUUUGAUCGCACGAAUGAUAAAUUUUGAUGAAAUAGGACAGGUUUAUUCGCUCCUCUCAGCCAUUGAAUCAUGUGCACCCGCUAUUUCCAGCUUAUUUUAUUCAAAUGUUUUCAAUGCAACCAUCGGUUCGUUUCCAGGAUUGGUUUAUCAAAUUGCAGCUGGCUUGUUAUUUUAUCCAUUCUUCAUAUUGAUAUGGUUAGAUCUCACUAAAUCUACAUGGUAUGACACGAAAAAAGUUGACUCAGUGUCUAUAAAUCAUCAUGAGGAUGGGGUUGAUACGGAGGUAUCGAAGUCUUCUAAUGUACGAUUUUCAAUAAACUCAGAUAUUCAAACAGAUGGUGCACAGUUGAUAAGUUGAUUAUCCCUUGGUAGACACACUAAUGACUGAUUUUCCAAUAUUUUUCAACAAUGGACUGAAUUCGUACUUUUAUGGAUUUUCAUUUCACAACCUUAUGAUGUUUUUCACUAUAAUCAUCGAUCUUAAAUCAUAACCCUCAAUCAUAUUUAAUUUAAAUUCAUAAUCGUUUUUGUAAAUAAUUUACCGACAAAUCUUGCUUUAUUCAAAAUUAUUCGAAUAAAUCCUUCACA